AUGGCCACUGCUUCAGGUGCUUUUAAGUCUAGGGCAAAUCACAGGAAGCAAAUAGAAUUAGAAGAAGCUCGUAAAGCUGGGCUUGCUCCAGCAGAAGUAGAUGAGGAUGGAAAGGAAAUCAAUCCUCACAUACCUCAGUACAUGUCCUCUGCUCCAUGGUAUCUCAACUCUAAGAAACCGAGCUUGAAGCAUCAAAGGAACUGGAAGAAUGAUCUCAAUAGCAAAAGUACAUGCUACGACAGAGGCGCAAAGAUGUUUCAAGCUGAAAAAUACAGGAAGAAAGCAUGUCAAAACUGUGGUGCAAUGUCUCAUGAUGUGAAAUCAUGUAUGUAUAGACCUCGUAAGGUCGGAGCCAAAUUCACAAACAUGUACAUUGCACCGGAUGAGAAGGUCGAGAGUCUGAAACUCGACUAUGCUGCCAAGAGGGACCGAUGGAACGGUUAUGAUACUUCAGACUACCACCGUGUGGUAGAGCGCUAUGAAGCAAGAGAGAAUGCACGAAAGAAGUACCUAAAGGAGCAGAAGAUUAAGAAACUAGAAGAGAAUGAUGGAGACGAAGAUGAAGACGACGACGGCUUAAGAGUGGAUGAAGCCAAGGUUGAUGAGAGCAAGCAGAUGGACUUUGCAAAGGUAGAAAAGCGUGUUAGAACAAGUGGUGGUGGUAGCACAGGAACUGUAAGGAAUCUACGUAUCAGGGAAGACACUGCCAAGUAUCUAUUGAACCUUGAUGUCAACUCGGCUCACUACGACCCUAAAACAAGAUCCAUGCGUGAGGACCCGCUUCCAAAUACAGAUCCGAAUGAGAAAUUUUAUUUGGGAGAUAAUCAUUAUAGAAACAGUGGGCAGGCUCUAGAGUUCAAACAGAUGAACAUCCACUCAUGGGAAGCUUUUGACAAGGGACAAGACACGCAUAUGCAAGCGGCUCCAUCCCAAGCUGAGUUGCUCUACAGGAACUUUAAGGAUGCUAAGGCCAAACUGAUAUCUCAAACAAAGGACUCACUUAUGGAGAAGUAUGGGAAUGCUUCCACAGAGGAUGACAUCCCCAUGGAGAUUUUGCUUGGGCAAAGCGAAAGACAAGUAGAGUAUGACCGUUCAGGGAGGAUUAUAAAGGGACAGGAGGUGAUACUUCCAAAGAGCAGAUACGAAGAAGAUGUUUAUGCUAACAAUCACACUAGUGUUUGGGGCUCAUGGUGGAAAGAACAGCAGUGGGGAUAUAAAUGUUGCAAGCAAACCAUUCGCAAUAGCUACUGUACAGGUUCUUCUGGAAUUGACGCUGCAGAGGCUUCCCUUGAUCUGAUGAACGCUAAUAUUGUUCGCACUGAAUUGAGACCAAAUACGGUUGAAGAGAAGAGAAUGGCAACGUGGGGAACUGACAUCCCUGGUGAUUUGGAAUUGAACAAGGAUGUACUUUCUAAUGCUCUUAAAAAGGAGGAUGAGCUUAAGAGAGAAGAAAAAGAUGAGAGGAAACGAAAAUACAAUGUCAAAUACAACAAUGAUGUGACUGUGGAAGAGAUGGAAGCUUAUAGGAUGAAGAGAGCUCACCACGAGGAUCCAAUGAAAGAGUUCCUCUGAAAACAGAGUUUUACUUAUCUUUUUUA